CCCGGCUCGUUCUGGCGUUCAGUUGGGAGCAGCUUCUCGUACUGUUCGCGUCUCCGUUUCGAAAUAGACGAGCGACAUUUCUAAUAAUAUCGCUAAUAGUCGUCUUUUAUUUAUUUUGUUUUGUGUUCGAAUUACCGAUUGUAAAAUACAUCGACUCCGGCAACUGAAAGACAGAUUCAACCGUCAACUAAUCCGCCCGGCAUCUACAUCCGAAUUACUGAUCGAGAGGUCCCGGCCUUCCUACACCUUAGUUAUGAGUCAUGUGGCCAUCGAAAAUGUUCACGGUCUAGACCAGCAGUUUGCUGGCCUAGACUUGGAUUCUGCUGACGGACAAAGUGGUGGUGCUUCAACUAAAGGGCGUUACAUCCCACCUCAUCUACGAAACAGAGAGCCUCCAAGACAGGGUUAUCCACGGUGCCCGUACCCUGCUGUAGAGGUGUAUAGGGGCUACGGUGAUUGGUGGUCACAAAGAAAUGAUGCAAACUGGGAUUCCCGUGGAGGUAAUGGCUAUAUCAAUGGAACCAAUGAUGAUCGUGUGAAUGGUUGUGAUCGUGGUGGCCUUGGGAAUCGAGGUUCCGGACGUACAGACAGAGGAGGUUUUUAUGACCGUGAUAAUUCUGGCUGGAACUCUGGCAGAGACAAAGAUGCAUACAGCAGUUUUGGAUCCCGUGGCAAAGCAGGUUUAUAUGGUGAUAGAGGAAGUGGAACCAGAAGAUCUGAUGACCGUCGUGUUGAUGGCUUUGAUGGUGCAGGCAAUCGUGCAGACAAGGGAGGAUUUGGCAGGUUUGAUCGUGGCAAUAGCCGUUGGUCCGAUGAGAGAAAUGAUGAAGAUGACUGGUCAAAACCCCUUGCUCCAAAUGAUCGUAUAGAGCAGGAGCUCUUUUCCGGAGGCAACACGGGCAUUAAUUUUGAGAAGUAUGAUGACAUUCCAGUUGAAGCUACAGGCUCAAAUUGCCCUCCACACAUUGAAAUUUUUCAAGAUGUCCAGAUGGGUGAAAUAAUAAUGGGAAAUAUUCAACUGACACGCUACACACGACCAACCCCAGUGCAGAAACAUGCAAUUCCUAUAAUCAUAGAAAAAAGGGACCUUAUGGCAUGUGCUCAGACAGGUUCUGGGAAAACAGCAGCAUUUCUUCUUCCAAUUUUAAGUCAGAUAUAUGCUGAUGGUCCUGGUGAAGCACUUAAGCACAUUAAGGAUAAUGGAAGAUAUGGCAGACGUAAACAAUUUCCUCUCUCCCUGGUUUUGGCUCCAACAAGAGAACUGGCAGUGCAAAUCUAUGAAGAGGCCAGAAAGUUUGCAUACCGAUCCAAAGUUCGCCCAUGUGUUGUAUACGGAGGAGCUGAUAUAGGGCAACAAAUUCGGGACUUGGAGCGUGGAUGCCAUUUACUUGUUGCCACUCCUGGUCGUCUUGUUGACAUGAUGGAGCGGGGGAAGAUUGGCUUGGACUACUGCAAGUAUCUUGUCCUUGAUGAAGCUGAUAGAAUGCUUGACAUGGGGUUUGAGCCCCAGAUAAGACGCAUUGUUGAGCAAGACACAAUGCCCCCAAAGGGGGUCCGCCAGACUAUGAUGUUUAGUGCCACUUUCCCAAAGGAAAUCCAGAUCCUUGCUCGUGAUUUCUUGGAGGAGUACAUCUUUCUUGCAGUUGGACGAGUUGGGUCCACAUCUGAAAACAUUACUCAGAAAGUGGUUUGGGUUGAGGAAAUGGACAAGCGAUCAUUUUUGCUGGAUCUCCUUAAUGCAACAGGUAAAGAUUCCUUAACAUUGGUCUUUGUUGAGACAAAAAAGGGUGCUGAUGCACUUGAAGAUUUCCUGUACCAUGAAGGCUAUGCCUGUACAAGCAUCCACGGAGACAGGUCCCAAAGAGACAGAGAAGAAGCACUUCAUCAGUUCCGCUCGGGGAAAAGCCCUAUCCUUGUUGCCACUGCUGUUGCAGCUAGAGGACUUGACAUUUCAAAUGUCAAACACGUUAUUAACUUUGACUUGCCGAGUGACAUUGAAGAAUAUGUACAUCGUAUUGGUCGUACAGGCCGUGUUGGUAAUCUUGGACUUGCAACAUCCUUUUUUAACGAGAAGAACAUAAAUAUAACAAAGGACUUGUUGGAUCUGCUGGUGGAAGCAAAACAAGAAGUACCGUCUUGGUUGGAGAACAUGGCUUAUGAACAGCAUCAUAAGAGUAGCGCUCGUGGCCGUUCAAAGAGCCGAUUCAGCGGUGGAUUUGGUGCCAGAGAUUACAGAACAAGCAGCGGUGGUUCAAGCACUAGCUUUGGUAGCAGCAGCCGUGGAGGCCGGAGCAGUGGCCAUGGAAGUAGCAGGGGAUUUGGAGGUGGUGGAUAUGGUGGUUUCUAUAACAGUGAUGGAUAUGGAGGAAACUAUGGCGGUAGCUCCCAGGUUGACUGGUGGGGCAACUAAGGAUGGCAGAAAUGACUCAAACCAAACAAGCUAAUAUGGAAACCACAUGUAACUUAGCCAGACUAUACCUUGUGUAGCUUCAAGAAAACGUGUACAUUAACCAGCUGUGACUCCACGGAAUUUUCUUUUCAAGGGAGCUGUGGGCCAUGAAGAAAAAUGGGGCAAAAACCCGACUCUGAAAGUGUUGGAAGAUUUCAUUGCUGUAGUUUUGGGGUUUACACCCAAAUCCACCCCUCCCUACCAACUGCAUUUAUUUUGUCUGAGGAUAAUUUGUUUGUUAAUGUACUGUGCCUUUAACUUUAGAUAACUUUUUUAUUUUAAUGUCCUGUUGGCUCAGUAUUGCUCAAGAUAAAAUUGUUAUGAUAAAAUAAACUUAUCAAACUUGGGCAAAAUCAAACCUUGGCACAAAGGUCUGAUACAACACAAGACAGGAUUAGUUUCAUCCACUAAUUAAUAUUACGAGGCAAAACUUGUGUGCAGUGAGCCUGCAUUAGAGCUUCUGUUUAUUUGCCAUUUUUAGGCAAAACACCCUGAAGCAUAUUUAAGUUACUAAUGUAGCAAACUGUACAAAGUUAAUUUCUGAUUUGCUCACUCUAUCCUGGAAAGGUACUUUGAACCUGAAGUCUUUACAAUAAGCCAUUCCAGUCACAAAAGGUGUUAAGGACUUGCAUUCAUACAGAGCACUCUUUUUCAGAGAAUGCAAGAAAAUACAGGAAUUCCUUUUAACAAUGUUUAGGCAGAUCCAUAAGUUGAGCUAGCCAAACGAAGGCCUAACAUUUAGAAGGAACAUGUAAACUGAUCUGAAACUUGAAAUAGCUUGUAGGGCGUAUCAAAUUUUACAUAUGCCUGUCAUGAAAUAUGGCAGAAUGGCUGACCACAGCAGUAUGUGGUUCUGUGACAGGCCUGGCUGAUUUUGGUCUAAUAACGCAUGCUAGUGUUGAUGUUUUUUGGUCAAGAGGGUAUGAACAGGAGGAAUUAUGCAGCAGGCUUUAUUUUAAUGCAGAUUCACAUUACUCUGUUAAGCUGCGUUGAGAGUUUAAAACAUACUUGGCUUACAGUAGACUUUAAAAAUGGCUCCAGAUGAGUAAAACUUAAAUCACAAGAUCAGUGGUGGAAAAAAUGUACGACUGCACAAGGUGUUAAAUCUGCUAAUCAGUGCAGUUUAGUCAGUUUUAGUUGCAUAGGUUUCCAUUGUAUUUAGUAUGUCAAUGCUAAAUUUAGCCAAAGACUUAAUUCUCACCUGUAACAUGUCUCUGCCACUUUGGAAUUAAGCUUAUACUGUGUAGUAAAAUAACAAUUUUAGUGGCAUGGGAUUGGCAAAAAAGUGCAAUAGAUUUGUGUACUGUGCCUUGCUCAACAUUUUUGUAGGUGCACUUGACAGUAUUGAGGUCUUUUUGUUAUGGUGCUAUUUAAAAUAUAGGUGGCCCUUGUACAUUUUGCCCAUAACUUUAUACAAAACUUUUAUUGCACAUGGCGAGAAUUUUUAUACAAGUCUUGUGUGCGUGUCCUUUUAACCUCAAAUAUUUUGUCUCAAUAGGGUGGGGAAGAAAAACGCUUUGAAAGAGGUGUAGGGUAGACUGAGAUUUAUUUGGGACCAUAGGAGUGUUAGCUGGGGAAGGAAACUAUUUUGCACACAAUGGAUUUCUAGAUACUUUUUGCUGCUAGUUUUGUGUAAUAUUUAUUGAACAUUUUGACAAAUAUUUAUUUUUGUAAGCCUAAGUGAUUCUUUGAAAGUUUAAAGAAACUUGACCAAAAGACAGUACAAAAACACUGGCACUUGAAUGUUGAAUGUCAACGUAUGCGUGAAAUUAUAUAUUUCGGGGUAGUGUGAGCUUUUAAUGUUAAGUCAUAUUAAACUCUUAAGUCAAAUUAAGCAGAUCCGGUAUUGGCGGCACAGCCAUAACUCUCUGGUGUAAUUGAAAUGCAAUUGGCAAUUUAAAAUUUAAACAUGCCAAGGUUUUGAUACACUUGUCUUAAGAUAUUAAUGAAACACUUCAAAACACAUGUGAAGUGUCCAGAUUCUCAAGAUGUUUGUGUGAGUUUUUGUUUAGUUGUGUGGUUAAUUUUUUUUUUUUUAAAUAUUUCAGUGAAUGUCUGGCACAUUGCAAUCCUCAAAACAUGUGGUUCUUUUGUCAUAUUGGUGUAAUCGGUGACUUGUCUUCAAUGAUUACAUAUUAGCAAGUAUAUUUGGCAGCAAUACCUUUUUUUAAAAGAUGAGGUUUAAAAAAAAUCAUAUGCAAUGAAUGGAUUCAAACUUGCUAAUGUCAAGAUUGACUCAAGUUGCUCUAGUUUAGUAAUGCUUAUUGUACUAGUUUAGAUGCUUAGCACUGCAUGUGCUGUGCAUUACUGAUUUUAUUAAAAUAAAAGUUGAAUGGCAAACA